AUGUUCCGACCUGACUACUGGUCCGACGACCCUAUGGACGGAGUUCUAAGUGCCGGCAUGAUGCGUCCCGGCGCAGCAGCUCGCCGUUUCGACGAAUACUACCGCUGCUAUCCAGUGGCGAUGCUCCCUGGUCCUGAAAGAGAGAAUGUGAAUCAUGGCGGCAAGGUCAUCAUGCCCCCAAGCGCAUUGGACAAGCUUACUCGCCUCCACAUUACCUACCCGAUGAUGUUCGAGCUUCACAAUGGAGCAAAGGAGAGGAUGACACAUGCUGGUGUCCUGGAAUUUAUCGCUGAGGAGGGAAAGAUUUACUUGCCGUUCUGGCUGAUGCAAACAUUACUGUUGGAGCCUGGCGACCUUCUCCAAAUCAAAUCGACCGACCUUCCCCCGGGACAAUUCAUCAAGCUUCAAGCACAGUCCACCUCCUUCCUCGAUAUCAGUGAUCCGAAGGCCGUACUCGAAAACGCCUUCCGCAAUUUUUCAUGUCUUACCAAAGGAGAUGUCUUCACUUUCGCAUACAAUGAUCAGGUCUACGAGAUGGCGGUGCUAGAGACAAAGCCAUCCGGGUCUAAGUGUGCGGUUUCUGUACUAGAGACAGACCUGGAGGUCGACUUCGCCGCUCCGGUGGGAUAUGAAGAACCGCAGAAGACCAGUGGAACAAGCACACCAGGCAGCGUGAUCGGUGGAAAGCUUCCACCCGGUGGAUUAGUGCAUCCUCAUGGCACCAUGGCACAAUCAAUCAACUACACCGCCAUUGCUCCCGAGGCCACCGAGGCAGCAGCGGGUGCCCGCGCGGCGUCCUCCAAUUUCCUGUCCGGGGGUCAGCGUCUGAACGCAAAGAAGGGCAGUAAAGCCCCAACCCCCAACCCUUCGACUCCUACUCCCGGUGCUUCGAAUCCUCAACAUCCUCCUCCUGCCCGCAGACUCAACGGCCCACAGCCGCUUCGACUCCCACCCAACCAGCUCUUCUUCGGCUACACCAUCAAACCCGUCAAGAAGCGUGACGAGAACGGAAUGGUCGUCCAAGAAGACCAGCCCAAAUUCCAAGGAAUUGGUCAGACAUUGCGGGGGAAGCGAAAGGAUCUUGGUUCGGAAACCCCCACAUCGGGAAGCGAAGCUGGGAGCUCAAAGGGCAAGGAAAGCAGCAAGAAAUCCCAGGGUCGCACGUUGCGCUAA